AUGUCGUUAGGCCAAGGAAAUAGUUCAGCUCAUGCGCCUGAAAGUGGAACAGGAUUGGAUACUGGUGGACAAUGUCAUGGUGCAUCAUCAGGAAACAGCUCUAGCAUUGAUAAUGCACUGGAAAGUGGAACCAAAGGUGGUAGUAGUGCAGGUGAACAUGUUUCAUAUUAUCUCAUCGAAACACCAGUAUUAAUAAAAAAAAUAUUUCUUAAUGGAAAGAUUGAUGCUUCAUAUUACUCAGUAGGAGAUGAUUGUUAUCUAUUCAUUAAUGUUAAAGCAUCUCAUGACAAAUAUAGAAUAUAUCUAGUUUGUAGACCAUUGAUUACUCUAGAGAAUACAUGAAAUCAA